UGUAAUUUAAAGCAAACACCAGAGUCAAUUCUCUCACUCUGCCUCUCUUCCUGCUAUAAAGCCGAAGCACAAUUUCACAGCAAUGACAAAGUGAGAGAUUGAUUAUUCUGUGAAAAAUGGGAUUGCCCCAUAACAAGCUCAGCUCUUUCUCCCUCUUGUUCCUCUUUCUCACUCUUGCUCCCUUGGCUUUCUCCGAGAUCUUCUUAGAGGAGCGUUUCGAAGGUGGAUGGAAAAGCAGGUGGGUCUUAUCUGAUUGGAAAAGAAACGAAGGAAAAGCCGGAACCUUUAAGCACACUGCCGGAAAAUGGCCCGGCGAUCCUGACGAUAAAGGUAUUCAGACCUACAAUGAUGCCAAACAUUAUGCGAUCUCUGCAAAGAUCCCAGAGUUUAGCAACAAAAACCGGACUCUUGUUGUCCAGUACUCGGUCAAAAUUGAACAAGACAUAGAGUGUGGUGGUGCUUAUAUCAAGCUCCUCUCUGGCUAUGUUAACCAGAAGCAGUUUGGUGGUGAUACUCCUUACAGUCUGAUGUUUGGACCAGACAUAUGUGGCACGCAGACGAAGAAGCUUCAUGUUAUUCUUUCAUACCAGGGACAGAAUUAUCCGAUUAAAAAGGAUUUGCAAUGUGAAACAGACAAAUUGACUCAUUUCUACACAUUUAUUCUGCGGCCUGACGCUUCUUACAGCGUUCUGGUUGAUAAUAAAGAGAGAGAAUUUGGCAGUAUGUACACAGACUGGGACAUCCUUCCUCCAAGGAAGAUAAAGGUUAAAAAUGCAAAGAAGCCAGUGGAUUGGGAUGACAGAGAAUAUAUUGAUGACCCGAAUGAUGUCAAACCCGAGGGUUUUGAUUCGAUUCCGCGCGAAAUUCCAGAUCCGAAAGCUAAAGAGCCUGAGGACUGGGACGAGGAAGAAAACGGUCUCUGGGAACCCCCAAAGAUCCCAAAUCCUGCCUACAAAGGUCCUUGGAAAGCAAAGAUAAUCCAGGCAAAAUUCGAAGAUGAUCCAGAUCUUUAUGUUCUCAAGCCUAUAAAAUAUGCAGGCAUUGAAGUGUGGCAGGUGAAGGCUGGUUCAAUCUUUGACAACAUCUUGAUCUCCGAUGACCCACAAUAUGCAAGAAGCAUCGUGGAUGACUAUUUUGCUCAGCACAGGGAGUCUGAGAAGGAGCUAUUCGCGGAAGCUGAGAAAGAAAGAAAAGCUAGAGAAGACGAGGAAGCACGGAAAGCACGAGAAGAAGGGGAACGUAGACGGAAGGAGAGGGACCACCGGUAUGGAGACAGGAGGAGGCGUUACAAACGGCCAAACCCACGUGAUUACAUGGACGAUUACCAUGACGAGCUGUAAGGGGCAGUGGUGGCAUUUGGCAAUGACAACCAAUAAAAGCAAGUAUUCAUGGAAAUCAUUGGGAAACUAUUUAAUGAUUGUAAUCUGUAAUCUUUCGUAUAUUUGUUGUUUCCUUAUUGUAAAAUGUAACCGUUGCCCGUUGGUAUUCAUAUUCAUGUAAUGCAUUUUGGCAUAAAAUUGUUCCAUGCUUUGGAUAUUCAUAAACCAAUUGCCAGAGUUGAGACCGCAUCUAAAUUUUGACACCAAAAUUUUUA